AUGUGUGACACAGACAUCUCGAUGGAGCUUGGCUUCGAUGGUGGAGGUCUUGAAAAAGAUGGCGCAAUGAUCUUUGAGAUUGACGACAUUCCGUAUUAUUGCCCAGCACGAACGGUCCAUAAUGUGAUGUUCCUAAGGCCAUUAAAGAUUUGUGCAGGAAAAUGGUAUUUGUUGUGGGUGAAAGUAUCGGGACUGUCAUUAGAUUGUGGCUCGAGUGAGCAAAACAUUGUCGUUGGUGAUGAUCAAGUUGUUUUCACAUGCAAAUCUUCAAAGAAAUCAAAUGAUGGAAAAUUGACGAUGAAACCAGGAAUGUUCUUAUGA